AUGCCAUCACCCAAGGACUCGUUUUUCGGCGUAGACAGCAAGCAAAGCGCGCACCCCUACGACGAACCCACACUAGGCACAGACGGAGCGAUGGGCCACGACUACAGGGAUAUGGCGGGACCAAGCAGAGAGCUCCCGCCAGCGUACACAGAACAUGACCCCCAGUCCCACGCUGCUGCGGCCGGGCCGCCGAUGCUUCCUCAGCGCAACACAGCCCCCCUGUUCUACAUGCCCCAUACCAUCUCGCGGAGCAGCACUGCUGCUGAAUCCACCAUGGCACCACCUGCGUUGCCCCACCGUACAGCUACCAUGUCCCCGCUGGUGCCGCCUCUGCCGCAGCGCUCCACAUCCACCCGCUCAAUGCCAGUGUCUAUCUCCCCGAGCAACACACCAGGGCCGACAUUGGCACCGUCCUCAACUCACAUCACCGAUGCGUGGUCGACAGUGCUGGACGGUACUGAAAUCGAGCUCAGGAGCCCCAAGGAGCUGCUGGCCACCCACGUGUUUGACUUUUCGCGGCCCAUCUUUAUCCACUCGACCCUGGAGUCGAAAGCCAACCUGACCAUUAUCGCAGACACAGAGCUGGCGAACCAGGACAGCGUCCGUGUGGCUGCCCACCUGGUAGGAAAGUCGUCGGGGAUCCAGGACAGAGUCAAUGUUGCUGUGCAAGUAAAUAAGAGCGGCGAGUUCGACUUUUGGGUCAGCACCAGCGGGACGUUUUGGAGCAAACCGCCGCAGUGCCAGAUCACCGUGUACAUGCCGCCGACCGUGGUGCGUCCUCACCCAGGGAUCCGUGCUGAGACGCCGUGCGGACGCAUUGAGAUGACCGCAGUCAGCAAUAUCGAUUUUGAGUACCUUCGGCUGUACUCGAAUCUCUGUGAAAUCUCCCUGUCAAACAUCACCUGCCGGUCGGCGCUGCUGGUUACAGGCAGUGCCAAAAUCGAUGUGAGCAAUUCCAAAAUCACCGAUGUCCUAAAGGCCCACACGGUGGCCGACACGCUGGCUUUUGAGAACCUGGCUGCCGGCACCAUAUUUGCCAUUACAACCAAGGGUGCUGUGUCGAUGACCAACAUCACUGCCGGCAGCAUCACCGCCGAGACAUCCAGCAGUAACAUCAAGACGCAGAACGUCAACGCCGGCACUGCCUUCUUCAAGACCAACGGGGCCACCAUUGAUGUCAACGGUAUCAAGGCCAAUUCGCUGCGCAUCGCCACCAGCGACUCGCGGAUUGAGGGCAAGUGGACAGUCAGGGACAUGCUCGAUGUCAGCACAACCAAGAGACGCAUCGAGGGAUCCGUCGAGCUGACCGAGCCCCACCUGCCGGUCAAGAUGAGAUUUAGCACCACCGAUGCCCGCAUCAACGUCACACUGCCUGGCAACAGCUUCCGCGGCAUCGUCGAUGCGCGGACCGUCGACUCGUCAGUGUCGGUUGAGGUGAAGAAGAAGAAGCUCCGGGUCGUGCCUGAGCUCCACAAGCUGGUCGACGACAAGCCCUACAAGCGGGUAAUGGUUGGCAGCGGCGUGCACGACUUUGCCGCAACCACCACGAACUCCAAGAUUGAUAUAAAGCUUGCUUGA